AUGUACGGUAUAGUUGGAUCAACCAUCCGCACGAUUCGAUCGUCCAUCUUGCUGAUGCUGGCGAUGCUCGUGGUGGAGCUGUACACCGGUCGAGUAACGGUCAUGUACGAACGGAUAGAACAGCACAAAGGCUUCGAUCUUGUCGAUUCGAGAAAUAUUCGUAUCCGAAAGUUCAACCGAACUCUUUCCGUGCUGGACGGGACGUUUGAAUCUUUUAAAGAUUUAGAUGACGAUUACUACUUUAUGAUCCAGCUGUCAUACAGUACCCUGGGUAACAAUCAGUUCAUAGAUUCACCGUUCAAGCUGCCGUCGCAGAAGCUGUGCGAGUUCACAAACACUACCUACCGAGAGUAUCGGGAGUUUUACCGAAACACGACGAACUUUCCGGACGCUGGUGUGUGCCCCAUUGAGGCAAAGCUGUAUUACGUCAGAAAUCAAAAGCUGAAUGCAAACUUAUUUAACGAUUAUUUCCGGGCAGGGUUGUGGAGGAUAUCUGGCGGCUUGUAUGAAAAGAGCAAUCCAAAAGUAUCCGUCUUCGAGGGGGCUAUGUAUUUUCGGGUAUCACGCGAUGGACAUUUUUAA